AUGCUGAUCGCUAGAGCGAUGUUGGCCAAGAUUCGCCCACCACCGCUGAACCCUAGGGAGAUACAGAAUCAGGUUGACAUUUCGCGUGCAGCGGGGCUAACGGCUGCUUAUGCUGCUCAGCAGCAGCAGGAUAAGGAAUCGUCCUGCUCUUUCGACCAGCUAGAGAAGGAAAUAGCAGCACUUAAUCCGCUGGAGCGGAAGCGGAGAGCGCAAACGGCCAUCAACGACCAGGUGGUGACAUACUUUACUCUCGUCCACGCGGCACACACCGCAACCCCUCCCCCUACUCUCGACAUCAACGGCGGCAACAGCGUUGCUCCGGGUAAGGACCAAGAAUCCCCGUCCUCCGAGGGCAGCGCCACCGACACGCCGUCGGCCUUGCGAGGCACUUCGCUCUCAGGCGUCGAAGAGAAGAAAACAGAGAAGGCGGCCGAGGGAAAAGCUGUCAAGAGGUGGAGGCGAAAACAUUUGAAGGAGAUGCUACGGUCGGAGCUAGGUUUCAAUACCGUGGUGAAGGAUUCCACCUUGUCGGGAGCAGGACUCGGGCUGUUCGUGGAGGGCUCUGCUCCGGAAGGCGCCGUUGUGGCGAUCUAUCCGGGCCUCGUGCACCUGCCUGAACACCUGCGGAGCCAGAAAUACGCAGCCUCUCUCCUCCCUGACGAGGACCACUUCCUCAUGGGACGAGCCGACGGGUGUCUUGUGGACGGACGCACGGCGGGGUUGCUGCCGUCCUCUCCGCUGACGUUCGCUCACGCGGCGAACCACCCACCGGAGGGUCAGGCGGCCAACGUUCUGCAGGUAGCGUACGACUUCCCGGCACUAAGCGAGGACGACGUGGGGAUCGCCAAGGGGGGCAGGUUCCCGGAGCGGUUGCGGCCGCUGGUGCCGAACCGGUAUCACCGCGCGCCCAAAGCGUUGUUUGGGGGCAAGCUCGACCAGUCCGCGAUGGUGGAAACCGUCGUACUCGUCGCCUGCAGGGGAGGGCUUCACGACCAAGAGGUCUUCAUGGACUACCGGUUUAACCCCAAUAUGCGGCAUCCCGAUUGGUAUAGCCCGGUGGACCCCGAAGCAACCGCUGAGAUGUGGGCCGUCGACAAGCAAGAUAGCACCGCGCAGACGCUGUUGAACAAUUCCUGGUUCCGACGACGUUCCUGACCUGGAUAAACCCGCAAGGCCGUCCGACCACUGAAAGGUGGCAGACAACACUAGUGGAGGCUGUUGUCUAGUGUUGCAUUAGUUGGAGUGGAUGCUGCCGAAGAAGGCGGGCAAGAGGGAGACAGGUGCACGAAAGGCGGACCUAUCCGCGACUAACGUGGGCAGAUAUUGGCCCUGCGGUAAUAGGAAGUAGUGCUCCCCACGUUCUUUCUACCGCCUUAGCAGUACGACAGCAAUAGCGCCGUGGAUGCUGGCAGAAAAGAGGCGGGCAUCCAUCCAAUUCCUCCUUUCGCCUCCCUUGCUACAGCUACCUGUCCGAUCGCCUGCGUCCAUGCCUUUACCGACGGAAAUAUCGUGGGACAAGCAAGGUUAUUUCGGGUCCGCAAGGUGACGGAGAGUGUUUCUGCCACUGUUACUACUGCUUCUAGCGCUGCUGCUGCUGCCUAACACGGCUUCGCUCAGACCUUUCAAACCCGGUUUCCUCGUGUUGUAUGUAAUCGGUUCAAGGAAAUGAAUCCGGGCAGGGGACAUGCGGGGGCUACGCCAGUAGCACAUUUGCAUGCACUGGGCUCGAUUUGCGACGUGCAAGAGACUUUUCCUCGAGGUCCGUCCUGGUACUUUGCUGUGCCCGAUAAACAGCACCGGACGCGUUGCUUUGAGCUGUUCGUGAGGAGUUUGUCCAACGCUUGGUUUUUUGUACAAGGUGGCGAUGCCGGCGAUAUUGGUGAUGGAGUGUUCUACCAAGACUGAAAAUGUGAAACACGCACCCCUCGGAACAAUC